AGCAAAAUAAACUAUGGGAAUGGUUUUGUUUUGUUUAUUUCAUGAAUUAUGAAUUUCGUGAAUUACAAGUUUUUGGUUUUGUUUGUAUUUUGGUUCUGUUUCGUGGAAAGUUUCAGGUAUAAUACUUUGAAGGAUGUCACUGAGGCGCACUCACACAAUAAACCCAGAGUGAUCGACAGAACCUGUAGAUUGAAGCCGGAGGAAGGACCUUGCCGGGCGAACCUCGAGAUGUUCUACUUCAACUCGUCCUCGAUGGACUGCACCAAGUUCACGUGGGGCGGUUGCCAGGGCAACGGCAACAGAUUCGAGACGUAUAACGAGUGUAUGUCGCAGUGUGUGCGCAAGGGGGAGCAUAGAGUGCGUCCCCAAUGGUGCACGCUUUCAUUUGACUACGGCUACUGUUUCGACCAGCUAGUGCGGUGGUACUAUGAUCCACUGUACGGCGUCUGCAAGAGAAGAAUGUACUCGGGCUGCGGAGGCAAUCGGAACAACUUUAAAACUAAACGACAGUGUAGCGAGGAAUGUAUUUAUUUAAAAAGGAGAUUAACUGAUGAAGCCGAUAAUAAGGCUGCAGACAAAGCAACCGGCAAAACAACAGACAAAGCAGUACAGAAAGAAGUGGGUGCACAGCAGUAAGAGAAUAACCGGUAUAUUCCAACAUUGCAACAAGAUAUCAAAAAACUUGAGAGGUGUCAAGGGACACCCGAAUGGAACGAAGUUUUU